AUGAACACAAUAAAGGGAGGGGGCGUUACCCCUUUGCCUUUGCAGGUCACAGAGCGCCUUCUUGAAGCUGAAGAGCAGAAAUUGAGGCUUUUAAAAACAGAAAUAGAACUAGCUAAACACACUGGAGGAGGACAUAAUGCUGUUAAAGACAACAAGGUAUCUCGUAGUUUACCAGCCAUCGGUAUGAAACAGACUCCUAAGAGAAGGCCCUCAGUGUUUGAUAGUAUGGUCCCAAAGGAGAGGCUAUAUGCUGCCAAAAUGGAUGAGCCUGGUCGUAAGAGUCCGGUCCCUCACUUUGUACAGUUAAUUAGAGAGUGGACAGAGACGUUUCCUUAUGACUUCCGUGAUGAAAAAAUGAUGCGUGCAUUAAAAGAUAUUACUCAGAUCUGUGCAACUCUAUCUCCUGUGGACAUAUUAAGAACUUGUGAUAAUCCUCUUAUUUUAGCACAACAAUUAACACACAUUGAGCUGGAAAGGCUCAAUAAUAUUGGACCGGAAGAAUUUGUGCAGACAUUUAUAAAAUCCCCAGCAGAUUCUGGGGAGGUUAAAAAGACCAGUAAUAUAGAAGCUUAUGUUGAAUGGUUUAACAGAUUAAGUUAUUUAGUAGCUACUGAGAUUUGUGUGUCUGAUAGAGAAAGGAAUAGAGUCAGAUUAUUGGAGUUUUUUGUUGACACAGCAAUUCAGUGUUUGGGUUUAAAUAAUUUUAAUUCUUUUAUGGCUAUUGCUGCUGGCCUGUACAUGAGUCCAGUUGUACGUCUCAAAAAGACAAGAGCAAAAUUGAGCAGUGACAAGUUUGAAGAACUCGAAGUAUGA